GGGCUGAGAGCUAAGAGUUAUGAAUCGCGAUCGGAUCAGUACAAAACGUGCUUCUUCUUUUCAGUCUAUCGUUUUUGUUUCGUAAGCACUGUUUUGUUUUAGUAAUAAUCCACUAACACACUCAGUGUUAGAAUCAGAAUUUACACACAAAACAGAAACGAAAGAGAUUGAAGCUUGUCGUUUUGAUUCGUUUGGGAGCAACCUACAACCCCAUCACAAUUUCAUUCACUAUUUUACUUUUUUUUUUCUCCCUUUCUUCUUCUCUUCUUCCUUUUCUUCCUCAACGAGGAUUAGGUACUUGUUGCUGGUUCAAAAGCUCUUUUUUUUUUGGGGUUUUGUGCUUUGGUGCUUGGUUUCAGUGAGUUUGAUCUGGGGUUGUUUCCAGUUGCAGCAUUGAUAUAACUGGGUUUCUUUUACUUUUUUAUGUUUUUUCCACUCUGAAUUUCAAUUGGGAUACGUCAAAAUCUCAUUUUUGGUACCGAAAAUGAGGUAGCCCUUUUAUAAUGGCACUUUCUGCAUUUAGUGAAGGUUUGUAUAUGCUCAACUGGAUGUGGAUUCUCCCAAUGAUUUUGUGUACACAAAUCAGAAUGAUGUUAGAAUAGCACCUCUGUGUUGGAUUCUGGGCUGUGUUCAUCAGGCAUUUGCAGUUAACUAUCAAUUUCUUGUUCAGAGAGAAUGUCCAGGCCUCUGUAUAGAGGUGUAUCAGGGGUUCGGACACCUGAACACAAUCAUGAUUCUUGGGAGUCUCAUAACAAAGAUAAAUUAGAUAAGGAAGAUUUGGAUAAAAAGGGUUCCUCAAAUCACAGCUCUUUACCUCUGAAGUCUCCCUUAAAGUUGCUAUUUUCAGAUAAUUCUCAUUCUAAAUUCGGCACCAAUGAGAACGGUUACUCAUCCGAUCCACUCAUUGGAACUGCGAGAAGCCGGCAUAAAUUGGUUCUGCAUUUGUUGAAGUGUAGUUUAGUAUUUCUAGUUAUUCUUGCACUUGCUGGUUCGUUUUUGUGGACGGUGUCGAUUUCGACCACAUCAAGAGGUCAAAUUUACCAUGGUUAUAGAAGACUCCAAGAGAAACUUGUGUCAGACCUGUUGGAUAUUGGGGAACUAUCUAGUGCUCCCUCAAAGAUGAAAGAGUUGGAAUUUUGCUCGCCGGAGCUUGAAAACUAUGUUCCUUGCUAUAAUAUUAGUGAUAAUAUGGGUUUGGGUAAUUCUGAUGGUGAUCAGCUUGAUCGGCAAUGUGGCCCGGAGCUCAGGCAAAAUUGUUUGAUUCUCUCACCAACAAAUUACAAAAUUCCUCUUCGGUGGCCUACCGGAAGGGAUGUUAUAUGGGUUGCUAAUGUUAAGAUCACUGCACAGGAGGUUCUUUCUUCUGGAAGCUUGACCAAGAGGAUGAUGAUGCUCGAUGAAGAGCAAAUUUCCUUUCGUUCAGCAUCUCUUAUGUUUGAUGGUGUUGAAGAUUACUCACAUCAAAUUGCAGAGAUGAUUGGACUCAGAAAUGAAUCUAACUUCAUUCAAGCUGGGGUUAGAACCAUUCUGGACAUUGGCUGUGGCUAUGGUAGUUUUGGAGCACACCUCUUUCAAAGUCAGCUCUUAACAAUGUGCGUGGCUGACUAUGAGCCUUCAGGCAGUCAAGUUCAACUCACACUUGAGAGAGGCCUGCCUGCUAUGAUUGCUUCUAUCACUUCAAAACAAUUGCCAUUUCCAUCUCUUUCGUUUGAUAUGUUGCAUUGUGCUAGAUGUGGCAUUGAUUGGGACCAAAAAGAUGGCCUUCUCUUGAUUGAAGCUGAUAGACUGUUAAAACCGGAUGGUUACUUUGUCUGGACAUCACCGCUUGUAAACGCCCGAAACAAAGAUAAUCAAGAAAGGUGGAAGGUUAUACAUGAUUUUACCGAAAAUCUUUGCUGGGAAAUGCUUUCACAGCAAGAUGAAACUGUUGUAUGGAAGAAAACCAGUAAAAGAAAUUGCUACAGCUCAAGAAAGAAUGGUUCUCCCCCUCCUUUAUGUGGUAGAGGUUAUGAUGUGGAAUCUCCAUAUUAUCGGGACCUGAAAAACUGCAUAGCAGGAACACACAGCAGCCGAUGGAUUUCUAUUGAUAAGAGGGCAACCUGGCCUUCUCGGGAUAACUUGAACAAAGAAGAGCUUGCAAUCCAUGGUUUGCAAUCCGAUGAAAUUAUGGAGGACAAUGAAAGCUGGAGAACAACAGUCCAGAACUAUUGGUCUCUUUUGUCUCCAUUAAUAUUUUCUGAUCAUCCUAAGAGGCCUGGGGAAGAGGACCCUCCACCACCUUACAACAUGCUAAGAAACAUUCUAGACAUGAAUGCUCAUUUUGGUGGUUUUAAUUCUGCAUUGCUGCGUGCUGGGAAAUCUGUGUGGGUCAUGAAUGUCAUACCAAUAUCUGGGCCAAACUAUCUCCCGUUGAUUCACGAUAGGGGUUAUGUUGGUGUCUUGCAUGAUUGGUGUGAGGCUUUUCCAACGUACCCUAGAACCUACGAUUUGGUGCAUGCAGACGGACUUCUAUCCCUCGAGACUUCUCAGCAGCGCAGAUGCACUAUGUUUGAUAUGUUUAUUGAAAUUGACAGGAUACUUCGCCCUGAGGGAUGGGUUAUAAUUCGCGACACAAUUCCUAUAGUAGAGUCGGCGAGAGCUCUAAUAGCGCGGUUGAAGUGGGAUGCACGAGUUGUAGAAAUCGAAAGCGACAGCCAUCAAAGACUCCUGAUCUGCCAGAAACCGUUCUUUAAGAGACAAGCAAAUUGAUUCAUUGAAGAGAUGGAAAAACCAGACCCAUAAUAUUCAUAUAAAUUCAUUUUCAUAAUGUUCAUUUAUAUUCAUAAUGCUCCGCCAUACAUACAGAAGUGGGGAUUGAAAAAUUUUGGACAGAAAGAAGCCGGAAAAGACGGUAGAAGACGGAAAAUACAGUGGAUUCUUGUCAGUGAUACUGAUACAACCACAACUCCUGUGUAGCCGCAAGGUGUAUGCAUAGGGCCAUGUAAUUACCAAAAAGAGGAGCAAGAGCAGAUGAGGCAGUAUACUUGGUAGAUUUUAAUUUUUCAUUCCAUGUCUUAUCACAGUUACAUAGACACAUGAAUGUUGUUCAUUAAGAUUGGGAAAGUUAAUUCAUAGAAUAAGUUUAUUUUGUCUGCUUUGGUGUAUAAAAGUGCUCAGUGGUUAAUUCUCUGUUAUUACUAUUAUAGAAUUAUUAUUUUCCUACUC